AUGAGAUCAAUCGACCAAGUAAUUAUUAAAGUAUUAUUAUUUCACUUUUGGUUGCAACUAGAAAAGAAUUUAUUUUUUCGGACACUAACUCUCUCCCACAACCUUUCUCAGAGCUCUCUUUAUCUUCAAACUAUACAUCUCUCUUUCAAAUUUGUCUCGUCCAACAAGAGAAGCAUAGACUUGCUUUUUUUACAUUUCAUUUAUUUAUUUCUAUCCCAGACCACAUAUUUCUUUUCUUUCUCCCCUCCUUCCUUUCUCCCUCCUUCAAUGACAUUAUUCGUCUCCCGUUAUUCCUUCCUCCCUCCCUGUUUCUAUUCAUCUCUCACCCCGCCUCUCUUUUUCUUUCUGCCUCCUUCCCUCUCUUAUUCUCUAUUCAUGUCACAUUCUGAUUCUCUUUCUCUCCCUUUAUAUAUUUCUCACCCCGCUUCUCUUUUCUCUCCCUGCUCCUCUUUAUCUAUCUAUCUCUCUCUCUCUUCUCCCUACAUUUUAAUGGAAAGUCUCUAUAAGAACUACUUGUUUAUAUUAUUUUGUGUCUAUCGCUUGUGUAUUUUUCUCUCACUUGGAAGAUACACGUAUCUGUUUCUUAAAUCUUCUUUGUGCUUCUCUUUCUAUCAUUAUCUCUCCUUUCUCAGCUACGCCUCUCUGUGUUUCUUUCCGUAA